AUGUCAUUGAACAGGCUCCAGAUCAACUCUAAUCUAAUGGUUGCUGCAGCUCAUGCUAUAGGAGCUAUUGCUGAGAAUGUAAAACAUACAUCUUUGACUGAGCUCUCUAAUAGUUUUGAAAUGAAAAUUUCAGAAGCUGGGAUUUCGAGCACCUUCACCGACAUCUUGACUUGGCCUAACCGCAAUCCUGAAAAUUCAGCAGGCACUUCAUUUAGAAGCAAUCAAAAUCAGACUGAGAAUUUAAAUAGAGAACCUUUAUUCUUUAGUUCAGCAAAUGAAAUUCAAGAUAACUCACGAACUUCAAAAUUUAUUACUACCCUGCCUUUGGCGGGGAAAGGGGAGGAUUUCUAUGUUCACAUGUUCGUUGGUGUCCAUAGCUUAUUGAUUCUUGAUGGAACGAGUGCAGUGAAAACAGCAAGAAUUCUCUGGAAAGAUUGGCUCGACAAAAGCAGAAUCUUCUGCGUCGAUUGGCAACUUGGAGAUGGUGUUUCUGAUGAAGAAGGCUUUGAGAAUGAUGGAGAUGGGGGUUGGCCUUUUCAAUCUUUUGUUGAACAACUCCUUGUUGAUAUGUUUGACCUGGUUUGGGAGGUUCGCCAUGGCAGUAUCAUGGCCCCGAGAGAGAUAUUGACCUAUCAAGGUGCUAGUGCAGGAAUUCUGUCUCAAAUGAGCUGCAAGGCUGCAUCAGUUUCUUAUUUGAAAGCUAAAGAUGAUGAAAAUACAGUGAAGAGAGAGAGGGAACUUGAUUUGAAUCUAUUAGCUCUGCUAGAAGCUUUGGAGCCAGUUUUGAUGUGA